AUGGCUCAGCAGAUAUAUAAUGAAUUUGCUGCUCCCAAUUCCCUCCCAUCAUUUUUGAAGGACUCGAGUCAAGAAUUAUUACCAGCUCGCGCUGCUAGAAUAGCACCCGCUCGCGCUGCUAAUUCUUGCCUCGAUGUUUUCCAACAAGCGGAAACGCCCGAGUUCUUUCGAUCCGUAGCAGAGGCUAUGCAGCUGCGACAGCAUUAUCUACGUGAUGGCUGUAUCUUCAUCAAAGGAGAGGAUUUGAUCCCUAUUUUGAAGGGGAUUGGGGCCAGAGAAGAGGAUUUCGAAAAGCUCAAGAAGGUUAGCCACCAUUUGGACCCAGACCCAACAGUGAACUAUCGAACUUUGAGAAGCGGAAGGUUCUCAGUGGAUACGAGAGCUGGAACCAUUGAAAGACUCGAAAGGCAGCCCUUUAUCCUGACAACGGUCGAGAAUUACAAACGUCACGACUCCGACGUUCCUCGUGAUUUUGGGGACUUUGACGAGAAUCACCAAGACAACACCGCUAUCCAGGCUUUGGUCAUUUUUAAAGCCUGGGUCACUCAAAACGUCCCCGUACUGGCUCGUCCCGGUCUGGACUACGAGAAGGACACAGUACUUACGGAGAUCUUCAACGUGCAUACUUUUACCGAUGAAGGGAUUCAAGGAUACCCGGCUCUAGAGGGCGUGCACCAGGACGGAUCCGAUCAUACUAUGACUGUGAUCCUGGGAGCUUCCAACAUUACUUCUGACUCUGGGAUUACUUUCGUGCAUGCUCGGGAUGAGACAACGGGUGUCCAAUUUUCCGAAACGAGGAUGGAUCUCCUCAAAGGCCGAUAUCAGCACCGGGACUUCCUGGACACGUUGCUUUUUGCAGACAAUAGUACCAAGCAUAGUGUGACUCCGGUGUAUGCACUAGACCCAAGUCAGCCGUCGUACAGAGACAUGUUCGUUAUAUUCUCUCGGAAGCCCAGAAGUGCAAUUCAUUCGUCUGGACUUCCAGACUCCUUGGAACCACACAAAAAAUUCAAACUAAAGUUCCCAAUCUGGCUUCCCCCUCUCCAAGGGUCUCACACGAAUGGUCAACCACAUCUCAGGAAACAAAACAUCCCUUUUCAGAAGAACAGCUUUUCUUCACUCAUGUCUCACAGUAGUGAGAUGGUGUCUUCUCUGGAUGGAAAGAUGAAACAACUUACUCUUUUUGCUUCUUGA